AAUCGUCUUCGUCUCUCGCAGUCGGAGCCGAGCCGAGUGGCAGUCAGUGAACGAGAAAUCGUAGAAAACUGUAAACUCACGGAAGCAUCUGGUGAAAAUCUCUGUUUUUGACGGGAAAUAUUCCCAUUUUUUGGAGCUAAAAUGGGACAAAACCAAUCGGCCGGAGGAGGAGGCGAUAAGAAGGAUGAUAAAGAUAAGAAGAAGAAAUAUGAGCCCCCGAUUCCGACGCGUGUCGGAAAGAAAAAGCGGAAGAACAAGGGACCGGACGCCGCUAUGAAAUUGCCGCAGGUCACUCCCCAUACCCGAUGCCGUCUGAAGUUGCUGAAAUUGGAACGUAUUAAGGAUUAUCUAUUGAUGGAAGAGGAAUUCAUCCGCAAUCAGGAACGUCUGAAGCCCCAGGAUGAGAAGAACGAAGAGGAACGUUCCAAGGUUGACGAUCUACGAGGAACGCCAAUGUCGGUGGGCAAUUUGGAGGAAAUCAUCGACGAUAAUCAUGCGAUCGUGUCCACUUCGGUUGGAAGUGAGCAUUAUGUUAGCAUCCUAUCUUUUGUUGAUAAGGAUCAACUGGAACCGGGAUGUUCGGUAUUGCUAAACCAUAAAGUCCAUGCUGUGGUCGGAGUGCUGGGCGAUGAUACCGAUCCGAUGGUGACCGUUAUGAAGCUGGAAAAGGCUCCACAGGAAACCUAUGCCGAUAUUGGAGGGUUGGAUACUCAGAUUCAAGAAAUCAAGGAAUCUGUUGAAUUGCCUCUGACUCAUCCUGAAUAUUACGAAGAGAUGGGUAUUAAGCCUCCAAAAGGUGUUAUCCUUUAUGGUCCCCCGGGAACGGGCAAGACCUUGCUCGCUAAAGCCGUAGCCAAUCAAACGUCGGCAACAUUCUUGCGAGUGGUCGGAUCGGAGCUGAUUCAAAAGUACUUGGGUGAUGGUCCUAAAUUGGUCCGGGAGUUGUUCCGUGUCGCUGAGGAACAUGCCCCGUCAAUUGUCUUCAUUGACGAAAUCGAUGCCGUUGGCACAAAACGUUACGAUUCCAACUCCGGAGGCGAACGUGAGAUCCAGAGAACCAUGUUGGAACUGCUGAACCAGCUGGAUGGUUUCGAUUCACGUGGCGAUGUAAAAGUCAUUAUGGCAACGAAUCGUAUCGAAACGCUCGAUCCAGCUUUGAUUCGUCCUGGUCGUAUUGAUCGUAAAAUUGAGUUCCCGCUUCCGGAUGAGAAAACCAAGCGUCGUAUUUUCAACAUUCACACCGCCCGGAUGACGCUCGCGGAUGAUGUGAACCUUUCCGAGCUAAUCAUGGCGAAGGAUGACCUUUCCGGUGCCGACAUCAAAGCCAUCUGCACUGAAGCUGGACUGAUGGCUCUGCGUGAGCGCCGAAUGAAGGUUACGAACGAAGACUUUAAAAAAUCCAAGGAAAGUGUUCUUUACCGCAAGAAGGAAGGAACUCCGGAAGGAUUGUAUCUCUAGGCUGAAUAUUUCCUAUUCAUUAGCUGUAUUACAUUCGGAUUUGCUUUGUGUAAUCAGAAUCACUUAAUAAACUCAAUAAAAUUGAUUUAGAA